AUGAGUUUGCGGCUCGCGACCUUGCUGGCCAUAGUCGUGGUGUUACUCGGCAUUGGCAAGGCUAUCUAUCGUUUAUACUUCCAUCCUCUAUCGAAAUACCCCGGCCCUCGAUUGGGCGCGAUUACGCGGUGGUACGCAGCGUACUACGCAUGGCGAGGAGACUUGCAUUUGAAGAAUCGCCAAUGGCAUGAACAAUAUGGCGAGGUUGUGCGCUUCGCACCCAAUGCGCUCUGUUUCAACACUCACACUGCGAUGAACACAAUUUAUAGCACGCGCGCAAAUGUCCAAAAGUCUGAGGGGUAUCUCUCGUUCAGCAACAGCCGGAGGACUCCAAAUACAAUUACUGCGAUUGAUAAAAACGUACACGCUUUCAAGCGACGCAUCCUGACCCAGGUAUAUUCCGAGAAGGGGAUGCGCACGAUCGAAGAACGGUAUUUGAUCAACAUUCGCGAUUUCAUAUCACUCAUUGGUCCGGAGGAUACACCCAUCACCAAGAAUUGUACAGGAGAAUGGGGAGAGACGAAAGAUGUGGGAGUGAUGUGUAACUGGUUGGCGAUGGAUAUCAUUACAGGCCUCAGCUUCGGCGAAGACUUCAAUCUGCUGCAUUCGCCUACACUACGCUACUUGCCAUCUGUGGUGCAGAAAAUUGCCCAGAUGAACAUGAUUAGCAUCGUCCAGCCCAGCUUCUUCAACCACAAAAUCAACCGCAUCUUCAUGUGGUCGAAACUGCGCGACAUCUUGAAUGCGGGAACAUUCAUGAAAAGCCGCUGCAUUGCACGCCAGGAACUCGGUAAUACGAUCGAACAGAAGGAUAUCUUCUAUAUCAUGGAGAACACGACAGACCCGAAAACCGGCAUGUUCUUCUCCCCAAAAGAUCUAUGGCUGGAGUCGAUGCUCCUGCUCGUCGCAGGCUCCGACACAACCUCAGUAGCCAUGAGCGCCACGUUCUUCUUCCUAGCCCACCAUACCGACGCCCUGGCCCGCGUGAUCCGUGAGAUACGUGCAAGCUUCGCGAACGAGGAAGAGAUCCGCAUGGGCCACCGGCUCAACGACUGCACAUUCCUAGCAGCCUGUAUCAAUGAGACAAUGCGGCUCGUUCCAUCAGUAUCCAACAUGCCCCCUCGAGACGCCCUGGACGGCGGCCUCGUAGUGGACGGCAACUACAUAUCGCAGGGAACGACCGUCGGCACCACGAUCUACGCGAUUCAGCGCAACCCACGCUACUUCCCCCGCCCCGACGAAUUUCGCCCCGAGCGCUGGAUCCCAGACGCCAAGACAGGCGUGGACGAGGAGAGUGUCAAGAUGGCCAAACAAGGCUUCUGCCCCUUUAGCAUCGGACCGAGGUCGUGCGUGGGAUGGAGGCUCGCUUGGGUAGAGCUGACUGUGACCGUUGCUCGUGCCUUGUACAAAUACGACAUGCGAUUGGCGCCAGAAGCGCCCUGUUGCGGUGGCCAGCGGAAGGAUUGUGAAUACGAAUUUAAGGGGUUUAUGACGUCCAGCGUGGAUGGACCCUUAGUGCAAUUUCGGCUGCGCGGAGUUUCGGACUUGGUAUAG